GGUACUUCGUUUCGUUGGAACAAAAAUGGCGGCUACAGAGCUUCAAGUUCAAUGUGGUUAAUUUUGAACCCUUUGGAGUCGUCUUUUACGAUACGAGACAAUUUUUUCCAGCUCUAAACUAUUGUUGAAGAAUCUCAGAGGUCGUGGAUGGCUUGGAUUAUUUUUCUGGAGCAGCCAAAAUAGCAUUGUUGGCUAACUUAACGAGCCUUGUUAAGGCAUGUGUUUUGGAGUCGAGUUCUAAACUCGACUUCUUCUCGAAGGCAUUGGAAUCUUGUUAUUAGCUUUUUAUUGUGAAGUACUCUAUAAAUACGACCAAGUAUGAAAGACAUACCCUUUUUGGAAGAUAUUCUCGCGUCAGUGUGGUCGCAAGACACUCAAAAGAGACUCAAAGCUGCCGAGGAGUUGUCCAACUACCUUAGCGAACCUUCCAACGACAUCGAGUUUGGAGGUUACGACAAACUAAUAGAUGGAUUGAUAGCAUGGGUGAACAGCAGCAACUUUAGGGUGAGCCUUAGCGGGCUUGACAUUUUACAUCAGAUCGUCGAUAAGAUUGGCCCUGGAUUCAAGAAUAGUCUUCUACCAGUCGUUCCUGCAAUUACUGAAAGACUUGGGGACAGCAAACAACAGGUCAGGGAUCAUGCGCAAGAUUUAAUCCAGAAGUUUAUGUACCCUGUUUCAACACCACAGCAUGUCCUUGAACAUUUGGUCCCUGCAUUUAGUCACAAGGCUUGGAGAGUAAGAGAAGAAGUAUUACACUGUCUUGUGAGAACAUUAACAAGUUUUGGUGCCUCACACAUAACAGUAUCAAAGUUUGUACCUUACAUUUGCAAACUUCUUGGUGAUCCUAACAGUCAAGUAAGGGAAAGAGCUAUUGAAACACUAGUAGAAAUCUAUCGGCAUGUUGGAGAAAAAGUUAGAAUAGACCUUAGUAAGAAAGGAAUACCAUCCUCAAGAUUAUCAUUAAUUUAUGCCAAAUUUGAUGAAGUGGCCAAAUCGGGAACAAUGCAGUUAUCUGAGCCUGAUGGACCCCUUAGAGUCAAUGGAGAUGUUAAUUCUGAAGAAGGAAAGACUUCCCCUACACAUUCAAGAGGAGGGUCUGCCAAGAAACUUUCUUCAGGAAGAAAAACCAAUAGCAAUAAGAACUCUAAUUCAGGUACUGCUGCAGGUGCUAUUGAUGAGACAGACUUUGUCAAUUCUUAUGAUGAUUGUCCAAAUGUCAGGAUAUACUCUAGUAAAGACCUAAGUGAUGAAAUGACAAAAAUUCAGAAUGUUUUGUCCGAUGACAAAAAUGAUUGGGAGCAGAGAAUUGCUGCCAUGAAAAAGAUCCGUAGUACUAUCCAUGCUGGUGCUUUGGAGCAUAAUGACUUUCUUGGCAUGAUUAAAAAUUUAGAAGGAGCAUUUAAAUUAAAUGCUAAAGAUUUGAGAUCGUCAGUCAUCAGGGAAACCUGCAUAACGCUAAGUUAUUUGUCCACCCAACUUGGCAGCCAGUUUGACCAUACAGCUGAAGCAGUAUUUCCUUGUCUGAUGAGCCUGAUACCAAAUAGUGCAAAGAUUAUGGCAACGUCUGGAGAUGCCUGUAUUAACAUUAUCUUGAAGAAUACGCAUGCACACCGCCUGAUUUCCAUCCUGGUCAGUAACAUGGCCUCCAAAUCAAGUGUCUUAAGAAGAAACUGCGCGUCCAAGUUACACUUAGUGUUAGAUAUAUGGGAAACACAAACGAUUAGAAAUCACGUAGUAGAAUUAGAAGACUUCAUUCGCAAAGGAAUAUCAGAUGCUGACUCGGAGUGCAGAGCAACUGCUAGAAGGGCUUUUUGGGCUUACCAUAAACAUUUUCCUGAGAAGGCAGAAAGUAUAUUAAAAACAUUAGAUCCUUCUAAACAAAAACAACUAGAGAACGAUCGGAAUGGAACAGGACUGAUCAAAGCAUCCACAGGAAGGGCAGCACCUGUUCGACUACCUAAACCAAGUAGUGCACCACGAUCUAGGGGAUCCAGUACGUCCAGUACGCACAGUGAAGAUGGGGCCACAAGUCGAUCAAGUGCUCCAACACGUAACGCACCACACAGCAGUUUAACAAGAUCCAAUUACUCCCAAGCUUCUCGUAGUUCUGCAUCUCGCGCCGUCCCAUCCUCGGGAUAUUUAUCACCGAUGUCUAACAUGGGAAGAUCACGUAGUCACAUUGAUUCUCGAGCUGCUGAACGAGCAUCGCGACGAGCCCAAACCAGAGCAACUGCUACUAGACCACCCUCUCCACCCUCGUCACGACAGGGCAGGUUCCCUACACGUGGAUAUGUGUCACAGCCCUCGAGUCGCUCACAGUCUCCCGAUCGGCUGGGUUUUGCCGCGAAAGAAAGAUCAGAAGCUUUUGUACAUGGAACCAGUCCAAUCAAGUCUAGAAUACCUACACCUAAUCGUCCUCGAACUUCAUCAAGAUCCAGUUCCCGAGCUAGCUCACGGUCAAGUUCACGUGGCACAAGUCGGGAUCCAAGUCCUGACACAAUCAUGAGACGGGAGAGAAGAAUCAGUGAGGGCAAGGGCUUCAGUCCUACACAACUCCCCGUAAUGAAAAGGAGCAAUGUUCAAAAUCCAGUUGUACAACGAGUGAAACAGCAACAACCAACAGAUGAUGAUGAAGCUGGUCUCACGGAGGCUGCUGUUUGGGAUUCAUGGACUAAAAGUCCUGCCAGAAGGAAGUUCUCAUUUGGAUCAACAAAUUCUCACGGAUCAGACGAAGACGCAGAUAGUGAUGCUGGAAGCUCCGAGAGAUCCAUGGGAACGAGAGGGAAUCGAACGCUGAGCAGGGCUGAACCAGGCAAUGAAAUAGCAGAAAUAGUUCGACUUUGUACUAGCAAUAACUCGUGGUCAGACAGGCGGGAUGGUGUAAGCGCAUUGUUGGUUUUCCUGAAAAGUUCUCGUGUUAUGAGUGAUCUGGAGCUAUCUAAAGUGAAGGAUUGUUUGACUAGACUAUUCUUUGACCCUCAUAAUAAGGUAUAUAGUUCGUUCUUAGAUGCCCUGGCAGAGUUCAUCGUGGUACACAAGGUCGAUAUACAGGAUUGGUUAUUCGUACUUUUAUCAAGACUUCUCACUAAACUAGGGACAGAAAUGCUCAACUCGCUUCAAUCUAAAGUAGUUGGAGUCCUGGAUGUUGUAAGGGAUUCGUUUCCUUAUGACCUUCAGUUCAGCAUACUAACAAGGUUCAUCACAGACCAAACUCAAACACCCAACCUCAAGGUCAAGAUAGCCGUACUCCAGUACCUUCAAGGUCUUAUAUCACUAAUGGACUCAAGUGACUUCACUAAUUCUGGUGAAACACGUCUUGCUGUGUCUAGGAUCAUUUCCUGGACUACAGAACCCAAGAGUGCUGAAGUACGAAAGGAAUCAGCGGCAGUUAUUGUAGCUCUGUUUGAGCUCAACACACCCGAGUUCAGCAUGAUGUUAUCCGUGUUACCCAAGUCAUUCCAAGAUGGCGCUACCAAACUUUUACACAGCCACUUAAAGAGCAGUAGUCAAGGCAAUGAGCCCAUUUCGUCGAGUCGAGGAGUCGCAUCUACACGAGGCUACGCCACAAGUUACGAUGAGACUGAUAUAAACACCACUUCUCCCGAUAGACCAAAGCUACGGCUUGGCUACAGAAGCAUGUCUUCCAGCUCCUUGAAAGGAUUAUCCAAAGACGACGACCAAUCUGGCAGAGACUCACCAGGAGCAUCAACAUCCUCUGAAGGAAGCAUACCCCAUCCAGAACAUCGCGGCAGAACAGCAUCACCAAAACUAACCAUGAGCCCCAAAACACAGCAAAAGUUUGGCUUCCCUUCAAAAUCUCCGAAAACAAACAGCGGCGAAGGUGACGCGAUCGGUGACUCGAUAGACAAUCGGCAAAGUUCGCCGUUUAAAUUACGUAAACAGAGUAAGCAGGAAGCUCAUGAAGACACGCCAAGUGUAUCUUCUGGUUAUAAUAGUGACGAUGUAAAUAGCGCGCACGGUGACGGGGCAGUUGGGGGACAUGGUUCUCCGCGCACCAACAAAAAAACCUCUGGUCACGAGUACGAUCCUAAACAGUACCAGGACACUCAAAAUGACUUUCAUCCGAUGCCUGAGCUGAAUGGUUUUUCUACGGGAAGGAAAAAGAAGACGAGCGAAACGCUCGAUGAACUGGAUCGAUCGCUUGAGGGCAUUGAGACCACGGAAUCCUCUUUUGAAAAAGCUGAUGCAUCUGCACUAGACCAGGAAGACUCACUUGAUGAUUUGUUAGGUCCACUGCACGACCCUUCAAGUGAUAAGGUGGAGGACAAGAGAGGCGCAUUGGUGGAUAUCUUGAGAAUGGUUCGUGAAGACUCAUCCUCGUUAUGGAACUCUUUUCCAAAGGUUUUUAGUGCACUUGCCAAAGCUGUUGACGAUGUUCAGCCUUCCAUCAGAACCCUCACCUUAAGAGUGUUAAAAGACAUGGUGCGUGCCCAGCCUUUUGCUUUCCAUCAAGUCAGUGGAACUACCAUCAGUAAAAUCCUACAGGCUCACAAAGACCCGCAGAAAGAGGUUGUUCGUCAGGCUGAAGAAGCUGCUGGUACUGUUGCUAAAUCUCUUCUCCCUAAGGACUGUAUUCGAGUCUUGGGACCCAUCAUCAGAGACUCAGAUUUCCCUGUCUCCUUAGCAGCAAUUAAAAUGUUGACCAAGGUUGUGGAAGGAGUUGACAGCGAGACUGUCGAAGAUAACCUAAAUGAAGUUAUUCCAGGCCUAGUAAAGUGCUAUGACCACAUCGAGAGUAGUGUGCGUAAGGCUAGCGUGUUCUGUCUUGUAGCCCUACACAGUAUUGUAGGAGAAGAGGUUCUCCUGCCUCAUCUGGCAGAACUUUCAGGAACAAAGAUGAAGCUGCUCAACUUGUACAUCAAGAGGUCCCAAGCCUCCGCCGGCGGAGUGCGGCCGUGAAGAGCAAAACUGGCCCUGGAAUGAUAAGCAUUGAUUGAGCUGAGCGCUCAGAGAAAGAAAGCAGAGGAAACCCCCGUACUUGAUUCUGUACUCCGGUUAUCCACAAUCGUAUAUACUGCAGCAAAGAACAAGCCAAGCCGGAUGUAAAAAAAGGAAGUAAAUGAGCAAAAAAACCGGAAGUGGGUUUUGAGAUAACUGGAAGUAAAUGUACAGAAUAACCGGAAGAAGAGGUUGUACAGAAACUUAAAGGAAAUCCUCGCCAUAAUAAUAUUAUCAGCGGUUGUAAAGUUGGUAUCGUGACCAUGGUUAAAUGCUGAUGGACAUGUAGCCGCACUAACUGCUGCUGCUUUUAAAAGAUAUAUUUAUAGACAACUAGUGUAAUCUAAACCGGGAGAGAAAACCAUGUGUUUUAAUGGGGUCACUGUUCUUCUCACUCAGCAACAUAGUCCUGAGAUCGGUUCCUCAGUUGUCCAGUUUUGUCGUUUCUUGCCCUCCCUUGUGUGUCGCGCCAAGAAAUAGAGAACACGACACCAGCACAAACCAACCUGAACUUUGAACCACUCGUCCACAUGGGCACAGAUUUUCUCUGUUGUAACGAUUGACUAGAGAAGGAAUGCUGGUAUGUCUACCAGUGGUCUUCGCUUUUUUAUUUUAUUUAGCAGAAAUCUAAAGAACCGCAGUCAUGGACCAUUUCUAAGAUGACGAACAUGAUGCAUUGUGGUCUAGCUUGGGUACCAACAUUUUUCGUUCACAAUCUUGUUUGUACAGACAGUCAGACAACAAUGCCUAAACAAAGUGAACAUGUUUCCCUAACACGUUAUAUUUCUUUUAAUCCGUCUUUUUCGGUUCUAAUAUAUAUUACCUUAUAAAUAUUAUUUUUAAUGUAGAGCAA